UGGCAGGACUUAAUGCAAAUGAAUGUAGAGGAAACUGUCAGCUGCCCUGUGGUUCAACCAAUAGAAGCACAGCUCCAUCUUGCCUGUGCACUAGACUGCAUUACAAACAGACUGUACCAUUGAUACCAUCGCUUCAACGGCAGCCCUUCAGACAAGAGGUCCCUGUCCUCGAAGUUUAAAGGAGUGGAAAUAGGAGCCGAAAAUACACAGAACUAAGAAGAUUCAAAAGAACAAUACAAGAAGUGGAAUCCUAAGAAUGGCCUCCCUGAGCUCCAGCCUAUGGAAUGAAACCACUACAUCUGUUUAUCAGUACCUUGGUUUUCAAGUUCAAAAAAUUUACCCUUUCCAUGAUAACUGGAACACUGCCUGCUUUGUCAUUCUGCUUUUAUUUAUAUUUACAGUGGUAUCUUUAGUGGUGCUGGCUUUCCUUUAUGAAGUGCUUGACUGUUGCUGCUGUGUAAAAAACAAAACGGUGAAAGACUUGAAAAGUGAACCUAACCCUCUUAGAAGCAUGAUGGACAACAUCAGAAAACGUGAAACUGAAGUGGUCUAGCACUCUACAUAAGAUGAGCAAAAUCUCUGAAAACAGCCUUCAACUUUGGAGAAAAAAAUUUUCUGAGACCAACUGUUAUUAUAAAAUUGACUGACUUUGAAUGAUUAAGAAAUUUCUACUAGAACAGUGGUUCUCAACCUUCUGGCCCUUUAAAAACAGUUCAUGUUGUGACCCAACCAUAAAAU